GAAGAAGAAGGUUUACUAACGUAGAAGUAGCAUUACUUGUCCACCGCCGAUAAACGCUAACAACAAGGUAGAAGAAGAUAAUGGAGGCCUGCUGGAAGUUUAACGACCUGAGAAGAUAAGCCCAGAAAACGAGCCGUCUUCAUCCAGAUCAUGGUGGAUAAUCGGUAUGCUACAGCCCUGGUCAUCGGCUCAGUGCUGAGCCUGCUAGCCACAGUCUACCUCUCCGUGGCUGUGGGAACUCAGCACUGGUACCAGUACCGCAGCCCAGCAAUCAAACAGGGCACCAACAUCUCGAUGCUCAAAAAAGACUUCAUCAAUGGAGAGUUUGAUGACAAGCCUUACAGCAACAAGACCUACAUCUCCAUGUUCCUCCUCAAUGGCACUCUGGGACUGUGGUGGAGGUGCAUCCAGGUGCCCACCAUAUCACACUGGUACAAAGAGCCAGAUGAUCAUCAUUCAGACAUUGACAGUGACGGCACAACACAGCCUCCAGAGUGCGAUCACCAAAGUGGAUGUCCAGACCCGAAGACGGAAACUCUUUGUGUGAGCUUCACUCUUCCUCAGCAAUUCAUCCCAAAGUACAAACAACCCGGAAACCAGAGUGAAGAGGAUCUGUUGAGAACAUACUUGUGGAGGUGCCAGUUUCUCCUGCCCUUGGUUUCAUUGGCACUGGUGUUCCUCAGUGGCCUCGUAGGGGUCUGUGCUUGCCUGUGUCGCAGCAUCACCCCUACAUUAGGUGUGGGAGUGCUCCAUUUUCUUGCAGGUCUAUGCUCUCUGGGCACCGUUUGUGCUUUCCAGGCAGGGGUCGAUUUGCUCUACAACAGUUACCCAGAAUCUGUAAGGGCUGAAGGCUCAAUGGGCUGGUCUCUCUACCUCGCCCUCAUCUCCUUCCCUCUGCAAAUGAUGGCAGCUGCUCUAUUCCUGUGGGCAGCCAAAAGUCACCGCAAGAAUUACACCCGCAUGACUGCUUACAGGGUAGCAUAAAGAAGAGGGGGAACAUAUUUAAAAACGGCAAAUAUCUCAGAGAGUCAUAAAACUGUUUUCUGGUUAAAGAAAGGUGUAAAUAAUAUAAAGUGGGCAGGUUUCAGUUUUUCACCUCUGUAAGAAUCAUGAAUAAAGUACAGGGUAUCACCAGCCAAAAUGAAUUCCAGCACAAGUUUGCAGCUAAUCAUCAAAAGUGCUCAUGUGUAGGCUAAAUGUUUUUGAGAAGCAUUAUCUCACCUUUGCCUUUUUUUUUUCUUUCAUCUCCCACCAAAGCAUGUUAUUAAUAUUUUAUGCAUAAAGUUAUGGUAUCAACAAUUUUCAUGCAAUAUUUUCUUUAUUUUUAUUUAAACUGCCUUCUUUCGGUUGCCAUUGCUUUUUUGAAGCUGCUCACCACAUUGUCCUUAACUCAGUUCAAGACUAUAGACUUGCACAGUCACAAAUUUUAGACUUAGAGUUAAGCAAGUCAGGGUAGCAAUCUCUGUAUAAAAACAAAACUAUCUAACAUGCCUUUUAUUUAAGUGUUGUGGAUUUUUUUUCUUUUUUUUUUGCAUAAGUUUAAAUAUCAAGCCUUUUCUCUGCAUGCCUUUCAAGUUGACCUUUCCAUCAUCUGUGGUAAUUGUUGAUUUCAGCCUGUGGUAUAUGCUGACUAAAUGUCAUGAAAUGUCAGUCACUAAAAAUGGAACCACUUACCUUCCAUUGUCACUGUUGAUGGAUCUAAUAUCUAUUAACGCAAUUAGUUUAAUUUAUUCUAGUCAUGCCACUAGCGGAAACCUGUGACCUUCAGCACAAAUUAUACUACUGCCAUUUAUUAAAAAAAAAAGUUACACUGUUUAAAUGUACUGAAAUGUCUUAAGUCAUGUAUGCAGUCAGCUCUCUAACCCUUUUUAAUUAGUUAAUUAUCUAAUGGGUUUACGUUUUGAAUCAGCUAAAGCCUUUCAGGUGUUUGUUGAAACUACAGAGCCACAGAGAUUGGUAUUUUGACAGUUAAAUUUAAAAGACAAAAUUGUGAGAAAUUAAUUUAUAACUUUGAAUUUUUGGCAUUCAUCAUGAGUUAGUACAGGUACAAAUUGUGAUGUUUUGUGUCACAAUAUUUGGUUACACAUCAGAUAUGGACAAACUCAUGUUUUGUAAAUGUUUUAAUGUAUUCUGAUGUACACAGUUGUUUUGUUUACUAUCAAUAAAGUCAACAUUUAUGCACUUUCA